AUGGAUAAUCCACCUAUUGAGAUUAAGUGCUCAGACGACAUUAUCGAUAUUUCCCUUUCCAAAGUCGGAAAUGUCGCAGCGGUCGUGAUCGUCGAUGGUUCCAUUGAAUUGCACCAGUUUGAUGACAAAAAAGACAAAUUGCUAAAGACUUUGCGAGUUGAGAAGAGUGUAAUUCGAUCGGCGAUGUUUAAUCCCAAUGCUACCAAAUUGUUCUGUGGUUGUGAAGAUGGCUUCGUGUUUACAAUGGAUCUGGACGGCAAGGUGCUUUGGAGAUGUGCCAAGGAGAAAAAACACACUGCGGAAGUCUGCCGCGUGUUUGUGGUGAACGAUUCCUCCUGCUUCUCCGGAGACGAAGAAGGUGGUCUCAAGUUGUGGAAUCCCAAUCCAAACCAUCCCACCAUGGCCAAUUUCACACAUCAUCAAGACUAUAUUUCCGACUUCGCAUACAACAAAGAGCGAAACAGCGUCGUGGUGUCCAGUGCCGACGGCUCGCUCUCCAUGAUCUGCCUCAAACAGCGCGAUCUGCUCUAUCAAACCAGCACCUGCAUGGACGAGCUCCUCUCCUGCUGCGUGAUCAAGAACGGCACUUGCGUGUGCGCGGGCACGCAAGAAGGCAACGUCAACGUUUACAAAUGGGACGAAGAAGACCAGCUAAUGGAUCGGAUCACCGGCCAUCCCGAGAGCAUCGACGGAAUCCUCAAAGUCGACGAGGACACUAUUUGUACCGGCAGCGAGGACGGCAUUCUGCGCAUCGUGCAGGUUAUGCCCAACCAGUUCCUCGGCGUUGCCGGGAUGUUCGAGGAAUUCCCGGUGGAGCGGAUGGAAUGGUCGUUCGACCGGGCGUUUCUCGCUGCGUCGUCGCAUGACAACGUGCUGCGGCUGUUUGACAUGGCCAUUCUGAACGAAGAUGACGAUGAAGAUGACAAGGAGGGCGAAGAUGACAAGGAGAAGGAGAAGGAGAAAGAGAAGAAGGAAGGCGUGGAUUCGGAGGAGGACUCGGAUGAGGAUUCGGAUGAAGAUUCGGACGCGAAGCCCAGUAAAAAGCGCGGCAAACGAAGCAAGCCGACAUCUGCGAAGAAUUUGAAGCGUCGGAAAGUGAACAAAACGAGCGGGAACGAUGGCUUUUUCGACGAUUUGUAA